AUGAGGAACAUUCAGAAUAUUCAGAGAGCCAUUAUUCAAUCUGGAUCUGCGACGGCACCUUGGGCAAUUGAACCUCGUGAUGUGGCAUUGGCACGUACUGUUGUACUCUACAACGCGAUGAAAUGUGGUAACAUGAGCCUCCAAAAUCCAGAUUACGAUAAGAUUUUGGACUGUUUCCAGCGAGCCAACGCUGAUUUGAUAAGAGAAAAUGAAUGGGCUCCCGUCCGUGAGUUUGCCGAUUUUCCAUGGGUUCCAGUCGUGGACGGAGAUUUUCUGGUUGAAAGUGCUCAAACUUCGUUGAGGCAAGGAAAUUUCAAACACACUCAACUUCUUGCUGGCAGCAAUCUUGAUGAAAGCAUGUACUUCAUCAUUUACCAGCUUACGAGUAUCUUUCCCGUGCAAGAUUUUUUCACAAAGAAGGAUUUUAUUCCGGAUAGACAUACUUGGCUGAAAGCUAUUUCUGAUCUUCUUCCACGACAAAUGAUUAAAAGCCAGUUGGCAUUAGCAGCAAUACUACAUGAAUACGAGCCUGCAAAUCUUCCAGUUAAAGCAAAUGACUGGAUGGAUUCAAUGGAGAAGAUGCUAGGCGAUUAUCACUUUACUUGCAAUGUCAACGAAAUGGCACUUGCACACACUAAACACGGUGGUGAUACCUACUACUAUUAUUUUACUCAUAGAGCAACCGCACAGACAUGGCCAGAGUGGAUGGGCUGUUUACAUGGCUACGAGAUCAAUUUUAUUUUCGGUGAACCUUACAACAAGAAAUUCAAUUACACAGCUGAAGAACAAGAGCUUAGCAGCAGAUUUAUGCGAUACUGGGCAAACUUUGCCAGAACGGGUGAUCCGAAUAAAAAUGAAGACGGCACAUAUACGGCUGAUGUAUGGCCAAAAUAUAAUUCUCAAUCUAUGGAGUACAUGAAUAUGACAGUUGAGUCUGCAUAUUCUGGUUCUCGUCGGACUGGUCAUGGUCCUCGACGAAAACACUGUGCAUUUUGGAAAGCGUACUUGCCAAAUCUUAUGGCAGCUGUCGCUGAUGUUGGAGAUCCGUUCUUGCUCUGGAAGCAACAAAUGGACAAAUGGCAGAAUGAGUACAUCAUAGAUUGGCAGUAUCAUUUUGAGCAGUACAAAAAAUACCAAACAUAUCGUCACUUAGAUUCUGAUACGUGCGACGGAGCAUGA